UUUUCACAAAGAAGGGCUGUUUUCUCGAAUAUGGUACACGAGUGAUAUCAUUGCAUCCGCGGAUAUGGCGACGCCAGGGCUAUCUAUAGUAGUCAGUGGCCUUCCAGACUUUCCAACAGAGGAGACGGCGAAGGACAAAAUCACCCUGUACUUCCAGAACCGCUCCCAGUCUUCAGGAGGGGACGUGAAGAAUGUGGGAGUCAACACUGCAACUCGCCAGGCUGUGGUCACAUUUGAGGAACAGUCAGUGGCCCAGAAUGUUCUUGCCCAGCCUGUACACACCUUAAACAACACACAGGUCCAGGUAGAGCCAUUCAGGGUUGAUCCAGCAGGCUCUGAGGGAGAUGGGCACUCCAAUACAUCUCAGCCACCACAGCAAGGACUCUAUCCCAAUUUGCUGCUACAGGGUACAAAUGAUACUGGCAUAGCUGUCCCACAGCAUCCACCUGUCAACCCACAACAACCACCUUUUGAACCAUACCAACCACCUGUUAACCCACAACAACCACCUGUUAACCCACAACAACCACCUGUCAACCCACAACAACCACCUUUUGAACCAUACCAACCACUUGUUAGCCCACACCAAUCUCCUGUUAACCCACAACAACCACCUGUUAACCCACAACAACCACUUGUUAACCAAUACCAACCACCUAUUAGCCCACACCAACCACCUGUUAGCCCACACCAACCACCUCUUAGCCCACACCAAUCUCCUGUUAACCCACAUAAACCACCUGUUACUCCCCACCAACCACCUGUUACUCCACCUCAACCACCUUUUAAUCCACAACAACCACCUGUUAACCAAUACCAACCAUCUGUUAACCCCCACCAAACACUUGUUAACCAAUAUCAACCACCUUUUAACCCACACCAACCACCUUUUAAUCCACACCAACCACAUAUCAGCCCACAACAACCACCUGUUAACCCACAAAAACAACCUGUUGACCCCCACAUGGGCUACAACCCUACUUAUAAUCCAGCAAUGCCUGGGUACAUGGCAUACCCAGGUCCUGGUCCAUAUGCAGCUGGUCCAGGACAGCACCCAUACCCGGGAUAUUAUGGUUAUCCACCUUACCCUGCCCCUGGUACAAACAUGCCAUUUCCACAACACAGCACUUACUACUCCUCUCCUGGCCAACAUCCGGGCCAAAACCCCCCACACCAUGUUUGGCCAACGUCAGAGUCCGUGGUAUCAUCCUCUACCAGGAAAUCUCACAAAAGUUCUGCUGCCUCAACCGUCUCCUCAAGAAGUGCCGCCACUCGGGCAAGCAGCAAGAUCUCCAAAAGAACGUCUUCCUCCAGUGUGAAACCCAAGGCAGUAUCACCCAGCAAGACGAGACGUACAGAAAACGUGGGUAGGAGCAGCACUCCUCCAGGGAGCAUGGUGUCAAAGAGUUCCACGCUGGUGGACGAUUUUGAAAGUGUUUCCAUCAGGGACGGAAGCUCCUCCAAACACAGCUAUGUCUCAUCUUGGGUCAGCAGUACUGUAGGAGUCCCCACUGCAGGAGCCGCAGUGGAGAAUGACUGUGCCAUCCUGGUCUCAGGGUUUUCUUCACCACCUAGCAAGGAGUAUCUUGAACUGUACUUUGAGAACAAGAAGAAUGGAGGAGAAAUCAAAGACGUCCAGGUCAGAGGGAAAAAGGCAUUUCUGUCCUUCAAGGAUGUUGCAGCACACCACAAAGUCCUUUCAAGGUCGCACACCAUAUCAGGAGUCCAGGUUACAGCGGAGGAGGUACCAGGCAGUGUCAUGCAGCUGGACAAAACUAGGCUCCUGGUCAAGGGGUUUAAGGAUUCUACCACUGAACAGCUGCUUGGAUUGUACAUGGAGUCUGUCUGUGGGCACACGAGGGUGAACAGGGUAGACUAUAGUAUCCAGCCUGGUGUGGCUAUGGUCACACUAGAUCGCAUCUCCAACUUUGACCAGAUCCUGGCCAAAACUAAAACCAAGGAACUUGAGGGAAGGACCUUGAGUAUUGAGAGGGUCCGUGUCACUGAUGCCAUCUUGGUCAACGACCUGCCUGACAAUGCUUCAGAGGACCUGGUCAAGCUGUACUUUGAAAGCGAGCGGAAUUCGGGGGGAGGGCCAGUGUCUGAGGUGGAGAUGAAUCCAUACAGACAGAUGGCAGUCGUUCAUUUCAAGAACCCAGAAACUGUUAACCAAGUUACAUGCCGGUCUCAAAAACUCAACAACACGCUGAUCACCAUCAAGCCAUACUACGAGUGCCUUGGUGAUUUUCUUGAUGCUGAAGAAGAACUCACUGACAGUGCUGAUCCAGAAGCAAUGGACACAUCCUCCCCAGUUCCCACAGUGGAAGCCCCUCCAACAGCCAGGGAGAGCACAACUGUCAUGGAAGAUGCUGAUGACUCUGCAGGUAUGCAGAAGAUUGCAAAGCCUGAGCUGGAGGCAAGAGAGAAGGCUCCAAGUGUCACUGAGGCCGUGAAGCUUGAUAGACACAAACUCAAGCUUCUUCUUCUCAGUGACUUCGCGUCGUCCCACCCUGAAGUGGACAUAAAGAUUGACAUGGAGCAAAGAGAGGUGAAGCUGACAGGAGGAAAUCACACCGUGAUGGCGGCAAAACUCCAUGUGUUUGAGACGACACAAAAUCCGGCAGAAGAGCAGGUGAAAGUCUCCCGUGGAGUUGCGGUAUUCCUGACAACAGAGAAGGGAAGAAUGCACUUUGAGGGAUGCUUGCAGGGAAACCAGUUAAAAGUGGCCUUUGUUGUUGAAGAGGAGAGAGUCAACUUUUUUGCGCUAAAAAGUGAGGACGUAGAGAAAGCAAAAAGGGUGAUGACACAGUGUGUGUCAGAGUCAUGCAUCCUGGUCGAUCCAGACUCCGCUGAAGUCUUAAAGUCCAAGGAGGCCACAACGCUCUUUAAGAACCUUCAAGGAAAGCACCUAAUCUGUAUCCACCUCGGUAAGAAGAAUGUGUGGAUUGUUGGUCCUCCACAAGACAUGGCUACUGUGAAAGACAAUAUUGGAACAUACAUCUCAACAAACACCAUCAUCACGGUGAGUGUGGACACCAGUGAAGGCUGUGUGAAGUUUCUACAGGAGUACAAGAAGGACGACAUCGCCAAAGUAGAAAGACAGCACAUUGAACAAGCUGUAAAGAUCACAAGCAGGGCACGUGGUGGAUUCUCCAUCAGAGGGACAAAAGACGGGACGCAAGAGGCAAAGAGAAAGUUGGAAAAACUUGUGGCAGAUGUGAAGAAAGUCAGCAAGAAGAUCACAAAACCAGGAAUGCACAAGUUCCUGACAGGUGAAACAGGUCGAGCCCUGCUGGAUGUUGCAGGACGAGAAAAUCGUUGUCUGAUUAUCCCUGAUGUUCCUUCGCGAGGGAGAGGAGGACCAAAAACACUGUGCAGCCACACCACCAAACACGGAAAGAAACUUGUGGUGGUGCAUGGUGACAUCACGAGACACACUGUGGACGUCAUUGUGAAUGCUGCUAACGACACCCUGAGGCACGGUGGAGGUGUGGCAGGGGCUAUCGCUCGUGCAGGUGGUCCUCAGAUCCAGCAGGACUGUGAUAAGUAUGUGAAAGACAAUCGUCCAUUGGCUGAUGGGGAAGUGAUGACCACUAAGGGAUACAACCUGCCCUGCAAGAUGGUGGUGCAUGCUGUAGGACCACAGUGGAGUCGAGAUAUGUCAGAAGUGGAAAAGCAAGUCAAGGAAGCUCUGUUGAAGCAAGCUGUCUAUAAGUCUCUGGAGGCAGCAAAGGACAACCACAGCAUUGCAAUACCUGGAAUCAGCUCAGGCAUCUAUGGAUACCCCAUGAACCUAUGUGCGGCAGCCAUAUUGGAUUCUGUGCAAAGCUUCUUCCAAGUAAACAACAACUGUACCCUGACUGAGGUCCAUCUGAUAGAGAUGGACUCCAGGAAAGCUGAUGCUUUUCAGGACGAAUUUGUCAAAAGGUUUGGCAAGGACAAGUUGACGAUACCUGGGCAUGAGAGGAGGGGAGGGGCAGCCUCAACUGGUGCAGCCAACAACAUACUGUCAGGACCUGGGGGUGUCAAGAUUCUGCUGAAACAGGGAGAUAUUACCAAAGAACAGGUGGAUGUUCUUGUGAACACCACUGGUACAAACCUGGCCCUGACUGGAGGAGGAGUUAACAGUGCAUUUGGGAGGGCAGGUGGAUCACAGCUCCAACAGCUGUGUAACAACCAUGGCCAGGCUAAGCCAGGUGAAGUUGUUGCGACCCAGUCUGCAGGAAGGCUGAACUGUAGUCAAGUCUACCAUGCUGUCUUGUAUGGAAUGACAGACAAAAAUCCUCAGGAAAAGCUGAUCUUCAAGUGCCUGAGUAAUGCCAGUCAGAGUGGACACAGGUCCAUCGCCUUCCCUGCUAUUGGCACAGGCAACAUGGGCUUCCGAAGGGAUGAAGUGGCCAGGUCCAUGUAUGAUGCAAUACUGGGUUUCUACUACAGGAACAGUAGAUGCUCUGUCAAGGACAUAAGGAUCAUUGUGUUUGACCAGCCCACUGUAAAAGCCUUUGAAAAAGAGCUGAAAGACAGACAGGAAGGCAGAAAAACAACACCUGUAGCUGCUGUGCCAACCAGUGGGGGGAAAGGAACAGAAAUUUACUCAGCAGUGAGGAAGCCCCAGGCUGGUGUACAGGAGAUGGACAUGGCUGCAGUGACUGUCCAGGUCAGGACAGGAGACAUCACUGGUGAGAGGGUGGACGCCAUUGUCAACCCAACCAGGAACGACCUUGGUUUGGGUGGAGGGAUGGCCCAGGUGGUAUCAAAUGCAGCAGGACCAGGGCUACAGAUGGAGUGUCAGCAGUACAUCAUGCAGAAUGGUAACCUUAGAGACGGGAGUGUGGUGGUCACAGGAGGACACAACCUACCAUGCAGCAAUGUCCUUCACCUGACCUCCCCCAACAGGGAAGACCAGCUCAGGGGCUACGUCAAGAAAGUUCUGGUGGUUGCUGAACAGAAAAAUAUGCAGUCUGUUACAUUCCCUGCUCUAGGAACAGGAGGAUUUAACAUUGGCCCAGAUAAGUCAGCCUUUUGCAUGCUGGGUGGCAUUGCUGACUUUGUCCGUGACUGCAGCCCAGCCAACGUGAAGGAAGUGAGAAUCACCAUCUUCCAACAUCAGAUGUUACAGGACUUCCACACAGAGAUGGACAGGAGGGCUGCCAUGAAUGGGCAUGGAACCAAUGUCUUCAAAAGAGCUGCACGCUGGUUAGGUAUUGGUUCCUCUGAUGCCGACAACUCAUCCAGCAGACCCUCUCCUGCACCCAGACCUGCAGGGAACGUGUCCUUCCCAGCCUCUACUUCAAAAGAACUGACGCUUCUCCUGUUUGGACCUGACCAGGACAGGAUAGACAGGACCAGGAAGGCUGUGGACAGCAUCGUGGUGAAGAACUGUCAGGAGCAGAAGAUUGAGAACCCUGCUGUCACCAUGCUGACAGCACAAGAGGCCAGGAUGAUCCAUACCUAUGGUGAAGACAGGGACGUUGUGGUUAAAAAAGGAAGUGGUGUUGACUGCCUCAUCAUCCAAGGUGUGAUCCAUGAUGUCACUGAGGUUUUGAAGAAGAUUUGGACAGUCCUGAAUGCUAAGGUAGCAGAACAGAGAGACUUGGAGAAAGCACAUUCAGUCCAAAAGGAUGCCCAGUGGAGCUAUGUUGUAGCUCAAGGCAGGGAGCAAAAAAUUCACCCUAAUGCAAAUGCCAAAAUUGAAGCUGCAUACAAAGCAAAGAAAAGCUCAGUAAAAUACGAUGAUGACAAUGAGGAUUGUGAGAUCGACUUCAAGGCCAUGAGAGUCACCAUGAAACCGUCCAAAAGGUCCUUCCCUGUACAGAGAAGAGACAAGAGGGCAGAAGUGGUGACCAGUGCAGUUCCUUCUCAUUGGGAUCCUCAGCCAACAGACCCAAAGUCCAAGAAACCCAAGCUGUGCCACCUUGUGAAGUUAAAGUCAUCCUCUACUGAGUACAAUACUGUGAGCAGGAAGUUCGGACUGGGAAACAUCAUGAGUAUUGAGAGGGUCCAGAACCCAACACUGUGGAACCAGUACUGUGCACAGAAGCAAAAAAUAAGCCAGAAGAACCCUGGACAAAAUGUAGAGCAGGAGCUGUGGCAUGGGUCUUCUUCUGAUUCCUGUGUCAAGAUUUACACCAACGGUUUCAACAGGAGCUAUGCAGGUCUUGGUUCUAUCGGCAAAGGGACCUACUUUGCUGUGAACUCGUCCUACUCAGCAAACGGCUAUGCCAGUCCUGACGCCAGCGGCCACAAGAGGCUGUUCUUGGCCAAGGUGCUGACCGGACUGUCCACACCUGGGAACCCCAGCAUGAAUAUGCCCCCAGCCAGACCAGGGGGAGGCCCACUGGACACUUAUGACUCCACCAGUGGUGGUAACAUUUUCUGUGUGUUUCAUGAUGCACAGGCAUAUCCAGAGUACCUGAUCACAUUCACUUGAGUUACCAAGAUGGAACUUAUGACAAUGAUAAUUAUUUAAUCAGUAGUUAGUAAGGCCUCAAUUGUGUUAUAUUAAGAUUAUAUCCCAGGAAACGUGGCCGAAGAAAAUGUAUCUUAAAU